AACAGUAACUAUAGCUUUAAAACAGAAUAAUAUACUGGUAAAUGCAUAAUUAGUUUGCUUUCCACUUGGAUUACUUUUUCAAUUUUGAGUUUUGGUGGUUUUAUGGGCAAUAAACUUUAAUGCCAAGGAGACUGGAGGGACAAGGACCAAAAUGAAACAACUUCUCCUUGCCACAUGUUUGUCAGCCUUAAGUUGUUGCUUGGCAUCAGAACUGUCUUUCAUUUUGGAACCCAGCGAUGUGAUCGCAGUAAGGGAUCAACCACUCAUGCUGGAUUGCCAGGUGCAGGGCGAGCGACCAAUUACAAUCACAUGGCGUAAAAAUGGGAUGACCUUACCCUUCAGCCCACGAGUCCAGGUACUGGAAAAUGGAACACUGUUAAUUCAAAGAUUCCAGAAACGCAGAGAGGGGAGUGAUGCAGACAUGGGCGAGUAUGACUGUGCUGCACAGAAUCGUUAUGGCUUGCUGAUGAGCCGCAAGGCCAAAGUUCAUUUGGCGUCUCUUCCAAAGUUCCACACUCAUCCAGUAUCCAUGUCUGUGAAUGAGGGAGGAGUUGCUCGCUUCCAGUGUCAAAUAAAUGGUAUUCCUGAGGCUACCAUUACAUGGGAAAAAGAUAAAGGACCAUUGAACACUUCUGACAGCAGGUACACUCUUCUUCCAAUGGGUAUCCUACAAGUAACAGGUGUAAGGAAGGCAGACACAGGGAUUUUUCGCUGUGUGGCCACCAAUAUCGCAAACACUCGUUACAGUCAUGAGGCCACACUCAAUGUUACAGGUGGAGCUCCUAGAAUCUAUAAGGAGCCAGUCAUCCUGUCUGGGCCCCAGAAUCUUACCAUCACUAUCCAUCAGACUGCCAUUUUGGAGUGCAUUGCCACAGGAAACCCUCGGCCCAUUGUUUCUUGGAGCAGGCUAGAUGGACGUUCUAUUGGAGUGGAGGGUAUACAGGUCCUCGGGACAGGCAACCUGAUGAUCUCAGAUGUCACCCUGCAGCACUCUGGUGUUUAUGUGUGUGCUGCCAAUCGGCCUGGUACCAGAAUGAGACGCACAGCACUGGGACGCCUGGUGGUACAAGCUCCACCUGAGUUCUUGCAAUGGCCACAGUCAGUGUCCAGACCAGCAGGGGGCAGUGCUGUAUUCACCUGUGUUGCUCAGGGUGUCCCUGAUCCCCACCUAAUUUGGCUGAAGAAUGGCAAAGUCUUGAUGUCAGGACAAACUGUCAAGCUGACAAAUAAGAACAGCACUUUAGCUCUGACCCAUAUAAGCUCAGAUGAUGAGGCUAUCUACCAGUGCAUCGCAGAGAAUAGUGCUGGUACUAACCAGGCAAGUGCCCGUCUAGCUGUGGCCCAAGCUAAAGACCUGCCUGCUGCCCCCCAAGACCUCAUGGCAAGUGCUUUGUCCAUCAACACCCUGCAAAUAACAUGGAGUAAUCCGCCCAUCAGCAUUGCUGAUGGCAUCAUCGGAUAUGUCUUACACAUCCGCAAACUGGGCGAACCUGAUCAUAUGGAACUGCAGGAGGCCAUAAGUAAGGACACUUUUCAGCAUGAUGUAACCAACCUGGAACCUAGCACAACCUACUCUCUCUACCUGAAAGCCUACUCUUCCUUGGGGGCAAGCCAGCAGUCCAACAGUGUAAUUAAAACAACACUUGGCAGUGUCCCAACCCCACCCAUCUGCUUUACCAAGGUACUUAACUCCACCUCUGUGCAAGUCCGCUGGGAGCCACCUGCUAAGCCGGGGAAAGUUGAGGGCUUCAAAUUGACAUUUCGCAGAAUCCCCCUCACUGACUACCAAGAGCCAAUUGAACUGCCUUUUCAUGCCAGUGCUCACACCAUAUCAAACCUUGAACCUAGAGCUGUGUAUGAAAUUAAACUGGUGGCCUACAAUGGAAACGGAGAGAGUGACUCCUCCAAGAGGCUGGUGUCGGUAGCAGGGCAAGGCAUAAGUGACCAAAUCAAUGGUGGAAACAGGUUAUGUCAGUGCAGGGAUGCUGAAGCCUCUCUGAGCAGCGUCGUCAUUGGGAUUCAUAUUGGCACGGCCUGCAUAAUCUUUUGCGUCCUCUUUCUUAUAUUUGGAUACCGUCACAGCCUGUUCUGCAGUGAAGGGACUCAGGUCAACUGGUCUAUACCUAGAUUCCAUGCAGGACAAAACAUCCCUAAAGAGGGAACAUACUACCCCCAGAUGGAGUCUGAAGCUCAGCAGAUGGUCCGUCCUGCACGUUGCCAAGUUAUAAUCGAGCAGAAUCCAACGGGUGUGUCUGACAUGGGAACUGGCUGACAUUAGUCAAUAUCACCACUUCACCCUCAUUCAUUUCCUCCCCUGCACUUCUUUCAAAGUCCAGUUGAAAAUGGGCAUAUUCUCCAAACCCUUCGACUAGUUAUGUGUUCAUUUGUAGGCUAGGAUGUAUUCUGGUCAUUUAUAAGCCUGAAGCUAAUCUCUACCCCUACCUCAGACCAAAGUUUAUUGCCUUUAUCCUGCUUGUGCGAUUGCACAUGAGCUUCAUUCUCUAUUAUUUGCCUGUGUGCUGAGAAAUUACUGUUUCUCCUGAUAAUGACUUAUGACAGAAUUAAUUUUAUGUUUAUACCAAAGACAUGUCACUUUUUCACUAGGAGUCUGCUUCAAAUUUGAAACCAAAUUUUAUUAUAUGACUGAGACGAUAUGAUGUAUGUUGUGACAACUUUACCUUCUAAUCAAGAAAAACAGUGGCCUCUGGAAACAUUUUGUUGUGAGGUAUGAUUGAUUUGAAAAUAGUCUCAUCAGUUUAAAAACCCUUUAGUAAAAAAGAAAAAAAAAUCUUACUAGAAAGUGUUUCCUGAUUUGUUUGACCCAAAAAUAGGGAGGGUUAAAAGUAUUUUAAGAUUUUGUCCAAAGAAAACAACGUAAUUCUGACACACUGUAUGUAUUUCAGCAAUGCUAAAUCUAUUAGCUAUCCUACCAAAUAAAGCUAGUAAUUAGCAUUUCUUUUUAACCAAUGCCAGUUUUGUGCCACUGACCUAUCCUGUCCAGAGAGGAUGAAUACCAUGGGAUUUAUCUGUUGGAGUACUUUUCAAAAACGCCAAAGGCCUUAUUGCACCACACACUCACGUUUGGAACCUCUUGGAUGCUUAAUAUUUACUUCAACUUGUUCUUUUUCUGCAGAAUGCAGAAAAAGAAGCUGUUCCAUGUCAUGGAAAACAUGGAUUACCAAUAGUGCUCUGAGAUACUUUGGAAACAACAAUAGUUUUCCAUUAAUGUUUUUAUCUGUGCCAGAAAGGCAAGUUUGAGGCACCACUGGCAAAUUAUUUUUCCUGACAUCACGCAACCUACUACAAACUUCAGAGACAGAGUGUGCACCUCAAGAAGUUUUAAGGUGAAAUCUACCAGAAUGCAUGAACAAAGACUGUCACCAGGAAAGCCUUUCCAAAAAGAACUAUGAAAAGUUGAAUUGUAU